AUGAGUGAUCAAGGGGAUGAAGAGGGGGACGGAACAAAGUCUGCUCUGCUCAGCUGCGCCGUGAAGAGUGACAAGUCUAAAAGAAUUCCUCUGGUUUUCAGUGACGAUGAACCUGGACCUUCAGCGACACAGUAUGAGGGGCUCAUUCAUCGAGGUCUGCAGGAGGUUAUCGGUGAACAUAAAAUGAGUCUGAAGAGAAGAUGUGAGCAUGUGACUGAAGGAAGUGAUGAAAAGGGAAGUAGAACCCUCCUGAACAGUAUCUUCACUGAGCUCUACAUCACAGAGGGGCAAUGUGAAGAGGUGAACACCCAACAUGAGGUGAGACAACUUGAUAGAGUUUCCAAGAUGGAGACCCUCCAUGAGACCACAAUUAAGUGUCAGGACAUCUUUAAAGCCUUGUCCGACCACCAGAAAACACACAUCAGAGUGGUUCUGACAAAUGGCGUCGCUGGUGUUGGAAAAACUUUCACGGUGCAGAAAUUCCCACUGGACUGGGCAGAGGGCUCAGAAAAUCAAGACAUCAGUCUGGUGAUUCUGCUUUCAUUCAGGGAGCUGAACUUGAUCAGAGAUGAGCAGUACAGUCUUCUGGAGCUGCUCCGUGUUUUCCAUCCAACAUUACAGAAGGUCACAGCUGAAUCUCUGGCUGUCUGUAAACUUUUGUUCAUUUUUGACGGCCUGGAUGAAAGCAAGCUGUCAUUAGAUUUCCACAUCAGUGAGACUGUGUCUGAUGUCACCCAGAAGGCAUCGUUAAACACGUUGUUGACAAACCUCAUUAGGGGGAAUCUUCUUCCUUCAGCUCUUAUCUGGAUAACAUGUCGACCUGCAGCAGCCAAUAAGAUCCCCCCUUCCUGCAUCGACAGGGUAACAGAAGUACAAGGCUUCACUGACGCUCAGAAAGAGGAGUACUUUAAGAAGAAGUUCAGCAAUGGAGAUCUGUCCAGCAGAAUCUUCUCACACAUCAAGACAUCCAGGAGCCUCCACAUCAUGUGUCUGAUCCCAGUCUUCUGCUGGAUCACGGCUACGGUCCUGGAGCAUAUGAUGAACACCGAGCAGAAAGGUGAGCUACCCAAGACCCUGACUGACAUGUACUCACACUUCCUGCUGGUUCAGACAAAGAGGAAGAAGCACAAGUUUGAUGAGGGACAUCAGAUGAGUUGUCAGGAAAUCGCCGUAUCUGACAGGGAAGUUCUUCUAAAGCUCGGGAAGCUGGCAUUUGAACAUCUGGAGAAAGGGAACAUCAUGUUCUACAAAGAAGACCUGGAGCGCUGUGGGCUGGAUGCCACAGAGGCCUUGGUGUACUCUGGAGUUUGUACCGAGAUCUUUAAAAGAGAGUGCGUGAUCUUCCAGAAAACAGUCUACUGCUUUGUCCAUCUGAGCGUUCAGGAGUUUCUGGCUGCAGUCUUCCUUUCCCACUGUUUCACAAACAAGGAAACGUCUGUGGUGGAGGCUUUCCUCAAAGAGGAAAAACAAAGCUCUGAUUGGAAGGAUUUAUCACUGGAUGUCUUCCUGAGAACUGCCAUGGAGAAAUCCCUGAAAAGUCAGAACGGUCACCUGGACCUGUUUGUUCGCUUCCUUCACGGUCUCUCUCUGGAGUCCAACCAGAGACUCUUAGGCGGCCUGUUGGGUUGGACGGACAACAGUCAAGAAGUUGUCCAGAGAGUCAUCAACAACCUGAAGGAGAUAAACAGCGACAAUAUCUCUCCUGAUCGAAGCAUCAACAUCUUCCACUGUCUGAUGGAGAUGAAUGACCUCUCAGUUCAUCGGGAGAUCCAAGAGUUCCUGAAGUCAGAGAACAGAUCAGACAGGGAAUUCUCUGAAAUCCACUGCUCUGCUCUAGCCUACAUGCUGCAGAUGUCAGAGGAGGUUCUAGAUGAGUUAUUGCUGAGGAAGUACAAAGCCUCCAACCAGGGACGGUUGAGACUAAUUCCAGCUGUGAGGAACUGUAGGAAGGCUCGAUUUUUUAACUGUGGAAUAUCAGAGAUUCACGUUGAAGUUGUGGCCUUAGCUCUGAAGUCCAACCCCUCCCAUCUGAGAGAGCUGGACCUGAGCAGAAACCAUCUGCAGGAUUCAGGAUUCAAGCUUCUGUCUGAUGCUCUGAAGAGUCCAAACUGCAGACUGGAGACUCUGACCUUGUGGGACUGCAGUUUGUCAGAGAUCAGCUGUUCUUCUCUGGUCUCAGCUCUGUUGUCCAACCCCUCCCAUCUGAGAGAUCUGGACCUGAGCAACAACAAUCUGCAGGAUUCAGGAGUGAAGCUUCUGUGUGAUUUUCUGAGGAGACCAAUCUGUGAAGUGGAGACUCUGAGACUGUGGGGCUGCAGAUUGUCAGAGAUCAGCUGUUCCUCUCUGGCCUCAGCUUUGAAGUCCAACCCCUCCCAUCUGAGACAACUGUGGCUGAGCUACAAUAAUCUGCAGGAUUCAGGAGUGGAGCAGUUGUGUGAUUUUCUAAAGAGUCCAACCUGCAGACUGGAGAUCCUGGGAUUGGUUGGAUGCAAUCUGUCAGAGAGCAGCUGUUCUUCUCUGGCCUCAGCUCUGAAGUCCAACCCUUCCCAUCUGACGGAGCUGAACCUGAAUAAAAACGAGCUGCAGGAUUUAGAAAAGCAGCUAUCUGAUCUUGUGGAGAGUCCAGACUAUGGACUGAGGACUAUAAAGUAA